AUGGAACAGCAAGAUCCCAUGCUGUUGGUCAUAGCUCGUUGGGUAAUUGGUAGUAUAGGCAUCUUUGCAAACACCAUUGUCAUAUUUGUGUUCGUCUACAACAAGACUUACAAGAAGUCUCUGUCGUUCAAGUUACUUCUCCAUCAGACUGUGAUUGAUUUGAUUGGCUCUCUGAUGUUUUUGAUAUUCCAAAACAUUGAGGUUCCUGAUGGCACUGCUGGAACAAUAUUCUGUAAAAUACAGUUUCUUUUUUUCUACGCAUCAGCAACAUCAACAUACAAUUUUGUUAUGCUGACAGUCGAACGGUAUAUUGCAGUCAUCCAUCCAUUAUUGUAUCAACAGAAAUCCUUGAGUGGUAAAGUUACAUACAUAUCACUCGUAAGCCCACAUGUAUUCUGUAUACUCACAAUGAUAUGUUUCCCUAUAUUUGAAGACGUGGAUCCAAAUGCGAAAAUAUGUACAAUUAAGGAAAUGCAUGCGUUAGCCGGUAUAUUAAUAAUUAUAUUUCAGUUCCUGCUACCCAUUUGCAUUAUGCUGUACUGUUACGUGAAGAUCCUGCUAAAGUUACACAAAACAAGAAUAGUUAAUCAUGAACUUGCAAAUGAAAUUCCAUCAAGGAAUGGCGAAGGAGCUCAAAGAGUCAAAUCAGAUCUAUUAACUACACUCGUCUUAAUUGCAUUUGUUUAUAUUGUUACAGAAACUCCAAACGCUGUUGGUGUGUUGAUAUAUUUCUUCAUGUGCCAUUGUGUUAGUUACAUAUUUAUUGAGGUGGGUGUGUUGCUGCUGGAUUUAAAUCUUGCUAUUAAUCCAUUUAUCUACUGUAUGGCAUGCAAGGAUUUUCAACGAGGACUUUGCAAGAUCAGAGAUGAGAUAUUCCAUUGGUAG